AUGGCUGACAUGGGGGCCUUACAGCCCGGCCUACCUUCACUGAACAUGAUUCCAGCGAAUUGGACAAUAUUGAUUAUAGAUUUAAAGGACUGCUUUUUUACGAUUCUGCUGCAUCCAUAUGGUUAUCAAAAAUUUGCCUUUUCGGUGCCAUCAGUUAAUAAACAAGCACCGAUGAAAAGGUACCACUGGGUGGUGUUACCACAGGGAAUGAAAAAUUCACCAACAAUGUAUGUGGCUUGGGCACUUGCUCCUGUACGACAGGCACACCCAAAAUUGGUUAUUUAUCACCAUAUGGAUUAUAUAUUGAUUUCCAGAGAAAAACUGCAGCUUGACACGCUGAUGACAGAAAUAGAGGAGACGUUGAAAAUACAAACACGACCAGCCUGGAAAUAUCUUGGCUGGGAAAUUACCAAAACAACAGUGAGACCCCAGAAAAUAGAAAUAAAAUUUGACAUAAAGACCUUGAAUGAUAUUCAAAAGGUACUGGGAGAUUUAAAUUGGGUAAGAGCAAUUUGCGGUUUUACCAAUUCGGAACUUGCCCCUUUAAUGAUACUCUUAAAGGGAGGGGAGGGAGUGCGGAUGCACCUCGAGCAUUGA